AAACACAACUGUCGCGGCUUGCUGUGGUCAUAGCUUAGGCUGUUACAGCUAUUUGAGUUGAACCAAAAUAAGUGUAAUCUUACUUGAGCUGUGGUAUGGAGAUUACUAGCCUUUUAUGAAAGUAACCAAGCGGGUUUUCUGCAAUAUGUACUGUAGUCAAAUACUUGAGAGCAUCAGAUAAGAACGUUAUCUAGCAGGAUCGUUAGCUAGCACUGUUUGUCAGUUAGCCUUAGCUUGCAACUUACGUUUUAGUGGGACUGGCUUGGUAACUAGCUAGCUUCUUAACGCCAGUUAGCUAUCCAUUUACAUAAAGUAUUCGUUUAGUUUAAUCAUAUCAGAUUGUUUUCUGAACAUGGCUAACUUUAUCACAUAAUUAUUCAGCACAAUUAGCUAGCCAGGCAAGGUUAGUUUGCUAACUCAGAUGAUAGGCCAUCGAGUGUCAGGAAACAAGCUAGCAAGCCGAUAACGUCAACCAGCCGGGUCCUCCAGUCUGGUCAGAAUAAAUACAAAGGAAAUUCUUCGAGAUUGAUGCCUUUAGUGUCAUCACAUGUUGACUGAAAACAGGAAGCGGCAGCGUGGUGGUGAUGAGGAGAGCGGCCACCUGGUCCCCCAAGCCAAAAGGCAGAGCAGAGCUCAUCCUCUCUCUCCUGAGCCAGGACGGGAUGCGUGGGACUCUGAGUCAUCCAACAGUGAGAGCAGCAGCAGCAUCAGCAGUCCAGAACAUGCGGCUGGGAGCUGUAGCAGUCGGUGCGCUGCGGGCCCCUGCAGUCCCCUCAGCUCAGGCGACUCCUCCGAAAUGGCCGGCCCUACAAACCUGGUGACCUACCUGCAGAUCAACCGCAUCCUGAAGGAGGCCCACUUCCAGAGUCUGCAUAGCCGAGGUCAGCUCACAGACACACGAUGACCUAAUCUCCCUCUGUCGGCCACCAGAGUCCCUAAAGCUCAUCAGAGCAUCACAUGCUGAAUCACUUCACUCAGCUCUUCCUCACUCAUUUCCAGUUACUGUGAUAUCUCGCAGCUCUGUUCUCUACAUAUCUAUGGAUGAGACCAGUUCCUGGUCAGGUAUCUGGAGGGGGUUCAUCAUUCAAAUAAAUAAAAGUGAUAAUCAUUUUAGCAAUAAUAACUGUGUGAUCAACUCAAAACAUUUUUUGUGAUUGACCUGUUUUCUAUCCAGUCUGGUUUACAUGCUGCUCUAAGAGCCUUUAUAGUGACUGACUGAUAAUGAUGAUGAAUCCCUGUGUUUUGUCUCAAAUGUUGUAUGAAAACAGUACUACUGGAGCUGCAGAAAUGGCACCAAACACAAUUUUAGGCCAGUCAGUGUGACUCGUUUAGACUGCUAGUAGCUUACUUGGGUUGUAUAAUGCUGAAUCUGAUGUCUGUGUAGGUACAUGGACCAGUCUCAGGGAGGAUUUGCACUUGUCUAGGAUAAUGGCUCAUUUGCUUUUAUAUUCAGACAGGGACUCCUUUACAGGAGGCUGUAGAAGCCAUGGGUGUCAUGUUUUCUGUCUUGUUAGUUUGUAGAAUAUCUCCAAAUCUUGUAAACAGAUUUCAAUUAGUGGAACAUUGAAUCCAUGGAAAAAAGUCCUUUUGAAUUUGAAAAGAUUUCUUAACUCGGCAAUAUAUGCGAUUUUUAACACUUUGCUAAUUUCCCAUGAAUUACUGCACUUACUUGGAUGAAAAAAUCUGGCACGUCCCACAUUCAGUCAUUAGUGCGGUGAGAUGCUGAUCUAGUUCCAAAAUAAUUCCGAACAUAUUCUAUUAUCAAGAUAUUGUGCAGCCUUUGCAGUGGUACGCACAUUUUUAUGUUUUAUUUUCUCAUGAUCAUGAAGUAAUUAUUUCAUGAUGUCGACAAAAAAAAUCUUGUUUUCUCGCGAUAACAAAAUCAUUAUCUUAUAUUUAUUUUCAUUACAUAAUAACCGUGUACAUUGUGAUAUGGUGAUUGUCUAUAAUCAGUAAGAUUGCCAAAUAUAGAUUGCCAUAUUUGAUAUCACAAUAUGACACCACGUGUUAUUAUAAAGUGAUGCAUAUUGCUGUAAUAUUCCCCUAUAGGGAGUGAUGGUGCACCUGUGGCAGUAAGCUACAGUAUAAUAACCUCGGACAUAAGCAAGUGGAAGAUUGCCUCAUGUCUUUGGAUUAUAGAUGAUUACUACAUCUUGCACAUUUCUUCUAAUCAUGAGAGGGAUCGGAUCGUUUUUUUGUUUGUUUUUUUUCUCAAAAUUGAUCAUGAGAGAACAAAGAUUUAAUAUGUUGAGAUCAUGAAAUAAUUUCAUCAUGAGAACAGGUCAGAUAUUUUAAGAUUGUUUUCUUAUGAUGAGAAAGAGAAAACAAAACAAUAGUUACACCCAUGGACUCUACAACCUUCCUUCUCAGACUUUCUCUCUUUUUUUUUUUUGUUUUUUGUUUUUUUUGUGUUUGUUUUUUUGUAUGGAGGGCUGUUUGAAGUGGCAUUUAAGCACGUAGGGAAAUGUAGUUCUUUCUGUCCAGAGACGGUUACAGUCUUGAGGAACAAAAAGACAUUCCCCUGGCUUGGUUUGUAAUAUUACUGGAGCCACUAAAAUGCUGUUAUUGCAGACAAGCCUCUCUGCCUGUGCACUACCAUUCGAUGGUUUCUGUACAAGUGUCCCUGUGCACUGAACAUCCAGGUACAAGCACUGACCGUGAGGUUGUGCGUCUCUCCUUAUUCUUAAAGCGGGAUAGGUUUCACUGCUGAACCUUUAACCCAGGAGAAAGCUCAGCUUUUCAUUUUUUUUAAAUUUUAUUUUCAGAAUGAUGUGUCAGAAAUGAAAGCGUUUUGAAGAUGUGGAUUAUUUUUUUCAAUGAUAUAUUUUUUGUAUUUAGUAAUGUACAUGACAUUAACAUGCCAUUGAUUUUUUUUUUGUUUGUUUGUUCUUGUAAAUACCCA